AUGCCCGCCGCUGCUCCCAGAGCCCUCGCCAGGGGCUUCCCGUGCCGUGCCGUGUUGGUCCGUGCCGUGCCCGGGCAGCGCCCCGGGAGCCGCCCCGCCCGCGCUGUGCCCGCAGCCCCGGCUUUGUGCCGCUCGUUCCCGCGCGGGGCCGAGCGCAGCGCCCCCCUCAGGCCGCGCGCCGCCGCUGCAGCUGCGGCCGUUGCGCUGCGGCCGUUGCGGCGCCAGUGGGCGACAGGCGCGAUGGCCGAGCUGCCGCUGCCCGCCGGGCUCGACGCCCGCACCUUCCCCGCCAAGCUGUGGCGCCUGGCGAACAGCCCCCGCGUCCGCUCCGUGCGCUGGGACACCCAGGGCCGGGGGCUGCUCAUCGACCGCGCCCUCUUUGAGCAGGAGCUGCUCAGCCCGCCCGGCGUCCAGGGGCCGGCCCCGCGCACCUUCAGAGCCACGCAGUUCCGCAGCAUCGUGCGGCAGCUGAACCGCUACGGCUUCUACAAGGGGCGGGGCCGGGCUGGCGCGGCUGUGCCGGGCGAUGCCGGGGCCAUCGUCCACUAUGGGAACCCCUGGCGCCGGAGCACGGCCAGCAAGCACCGCCUGGCGCCCGGGCCGGAGCGGCGCAGGCGCUCGCCCUGCGGCUCCCAGCAGCGCCCCCGGCAGCGGCCGCGGCCGGCGGGGCCGGAGGGGCGCGGGCGGUUCCAGGCGCUGCCUCGGGAGCGGCCGCCGCUGCCGGCGGGGCGGCCGCCCAGCGGCUUCUUGCCCCUGCACAGGGAGCGGACGCUGCCGGACGGGCGGGAGCUGCGCAGCCGGCGGCCCAGCCGCUUCCAGCAGCCCCCCAGAGAGCGGCCGCUCCUGGCCCGGCGCCCGCCCUGUGGCUUCCACCUCCUCCACAGGGACCGGCCGCAGCCGGCCCGGCGGGACGGGCCCAGCCGCUUCCAGGAGCUGUACGGGGAGCGGCCGCUGCCUGCCGAGCGGGAGGUGCCCAGGAUCCCGCCCUGCGAGCUCCUCGGGCUCUGCGGGGAGCCGCUGCUGCCGGUCAGGCGGGAGGGCCUGAGCCGCCUCCAGAAGCUGUACGGGCUGCAGCCGCCGCCGGCCGGGCUGCCGCCCUGGGCUUUCCAGCAGCCCCACAUGGAGCGGCCGCCUCCGGCCGGGCGGGAGCUGCUCAGGAUCCCGCCGGGCAGCUUCGAGCAGCUCCAAACGGAGCAGCAGUCCCCAGCCUGCAAGCCGUCAGCCACACCGGACAGUUCAGCCUCCAGUGCUCCACCUGGCAGUGCUGCUUGUGCAGCAUCGACGACCUCCAGCAAGACACGGAAUGCACCUGGGCAAGAGGAAUUGCCUUCAGCGGAUCUGGGCCUUCAGGUCGAGGCAAUGAUUCGGGAGAUGAGGAGAUCCGUGGCUGAAAGGUCUCCCUUUGCUCAGGGGAAUGCUAAUGUUGCUGCCGAGUCUUCAGGAGGGGAGGCUGGGAACAGGGCUGCAGCAGAGGGAGCUUCGCCUGGCACCGAGAGCUGCAGGAACAGUUCCCCAGAGCCCGAGGAGCCUGAUUCCAUCUGAUCGACCUCUCCAAGAGGGCUGUCCUGCAUGGGAGGAAGAGACAGAGGGAGAGCCUGUGAUCAUUAGGCGGGUGCAAUCCCUCUGUCUCUAGUUGCAUUUAUAGAGGUGUAGUUAUAUUCAUAGAUUUAUGUAGUUGAAUUUAAAUGUCUAGAUAGUUGUAGUUACAGAUCUGAGUAGUUAAAUAUAUAUUUGUAGUUGUAGAUGUAUAAAGUUAUUUUUUAUAUAUGUAGUUGCAUUUAAAGAUGUGAAGUUACAUUUAUAUAUGUAUAUAGUUAUAAAUGGGCAUAGUUAUAUUUAUAUAGCUAUAGGUAUAUGGAGCUUUAGAUAGAUUGAUAGAUAUUUGAAUAAAUACAGGCUGCUUUUUAAGCUCUUUCUCUACUCUGCUUCGUCUCUCACCUCUUGCUUUUGCCUCUGUGCCCCCUCUGUCCCCUCUUCCUGUGCUGGCUCCGAGCUGGCGGCCGGGCCGGGCGGAGCAGCAGCUGCAGCCCCGGUGUCCCUGGAGCGGUGGGAGCUGCCGGUGGCCGCAGGCACUGUGCCCUGAGGAGCUGCUGGAGGACGCUGCCCUGAGGUCCUUGAGAAGAGCCGGAGAGUGACGGGAGCCAGCAGGGAGAAGCUGAAGGCCGCCAGCAAGAGCAGCGAACGGGGACCUGCUGCUGCUGCCGCCCGAGACCCUGGGUGUCCCAUCUGCUGUCCCUGUCCAGGAGAGCUGCUCUGCGCGGGAGGAAGCGACAGAGGGAGAGGCUUUGAAGAUGGGGCGGCUGGAAUCCCUCUGCUUAUAGUUCUGCUUAUAGAUGAAUGGACUUGCAUGUAGAGCGUGAUAAUAUUAUUGAUAUUUACGUAUGUGCUAUUUGCAUAGGUAUAUUUCUAUGUGUAUGUUGUUACAUGAAUGGAUGUAGUUUCUAUAUAUGAAUGUGUAGAUAUAUACAUACAUGUUUCUCGUUACAUGUAUGUGUAUAUAUGUAUCUAAGUAUAUAUGUAUGUUGUCAUAUCUCUGUCCAGUUCUAUUUCCUGUUUAUACAGUUAUCUAGGUAUCUAUUUCUAGUGAUGUUGUUGUAGGUAUUUGGCUCUUUAAAUAGGUGCAUUGGUAUUUGUAUCGGUAUAUAUGUCUGGUUUUCUAUUUUUAUAUGCAUAUUGAUCUAUUUCUGUAAUUAUAUUUACACGUGUUGGGAUGUUUAGCUGUAUAUUUGUAUAGAUGCAGUUGUUUUAUCUAUCUAUUUAUGUAUGUAUUGUAGGUAAUAUGAGUAUUUAUAUUUAUAUAUUAUAUAAAUAUAUAUAAAUAUAUGUAAAUAUAUAUAUAAUAUAUACUAAUAUAUAAAUAUAUACAAAUAUAUUUGUAUCUGUGUGUUGUGGUGGUUAUAUAUGUAUUUGUUUCUGUUUAAAUAUAGAUGGAGUUGUAUAGAUGUGUAAUUCUAUUUAUUCAGUUCUUGCUAUAGGGCUAUUUAGAGAGAGAUGUUGAUAUUUUUGUGUUUCUAUAUGGGCUGUACAGUUACAGUAACAUGGAAUAAAUUAAGUUGUUAAACUUCAGUUGAUCUUUGUGUAUAGUGAGUUGUUGUAGAGGUUGGCAAUAAAUUAAUUUUUGUUCCUGGAAGUUGAUGUUUGUAUAUUUUUACGUAGCAUUGUUGUAAUAAUCAAAUAAAUGACAGUUUUGUAUCUUAACUGAGAUCUGUACAGUUAUCUAUUGUCAGCGCGGGUGUAGCAAUUUGUAAUAAAUUACAUUUUUCAACUGAAA